AUGGCUGCUAGUCUGAAACUCCUUCUCUUGAAAUCAAGGACUGUCGAUGAUAAAUAUGCUACUUACCAUGAACGGUCCAAUAACAACACCCUGUGCAACCUCCAUUUUCUAAAGGUGAUUGAUCAUGUUGCCGAGAACAUUGAGGAAAUGACAGAGUUCUUGUGCUUACUGAACAACUUAUCAGAGAUUAGCGCAUUGAUUAUAACUAGCCAAAGGGCUGUAGAGUCAUUAGUCAAGAUAAUAUCACGAAUCCGGAAUGACUGGGUGGUUGAUACGAUUUUGGCGAAACCGAUUUUCGUCGUGGGUCCGCAGACCGCAUCGAUGUUAUCAAAUCAUGGGUUCCUGGAUAUAAGAGGCGAAGAUAGUGGCAAUGCCAAUGAGCUUGUAAAAGUAAUUUUGCAAGACGAUCUUAUUCUGCAUAUACAAGCGGAAGCCAACCAGCUGAAUUACCUUUUGUUUUUGACUGGCCGAAUCAGAAAGGACAUCAUCCCCACUAAGCUCGGGGAAAAUGGAGUGAAAUUCAUUGAAAAAAUUGUUUAUAGAACCAUAGAGACCUCAAAUACCCUUGAAAAAUUCCAGAAUUUGGAACUACUGUCAAAGACCAACGACUGGGUAGUAUUUUUCUCGACUCAAGGAGUGGAUUUGAUCAUUGAUCAAAUUAAGCAGAACGCCCUUCAUGAAAAUGAUCAGUUGAAAAUCGCGUCGAUUGGUCCUACCACAUCUGAGGCAUUGCAAAAAAAAGGAGUUAUAUGUCAUGUUGUUACCCCGAAGCCAAAUCCCUCAGCGUUAUUUGACGCCAUUUUUGAGUAUGAAGAGCGCAAUUGCCAACAGGCAAAGAAGUUUGACUGCUUGUGUAAUUAA